AUGCCUAGAUUUCCAGUCACCUUUCGGCGGAAAUCUACCGCAGCAGAAGACCCGAAUGGACCGAUAGCAGAGCCUUCGUUUCGGGUCCUCGAGCGAUCCGAGGUGGGUGGUGGGAAGUCCUUCGACGGCGGAGCAAGAUUAUCAAAGAUAAUGGGUUCUGCGCCUGCGCCUGCGCCUCGGUCUAACACGGCGGACCUCAUAGUAGAGGACAAUCUUUUUGCGGGACUCAAGCAUAAUCGUGGAAGCGGAAGUUCUAAUACUACCAAGACCGCCUCCGAUAAUUCCUCCCGUCACAGCAACGCCUCUACCGCCCCUUCGUCAACCGACUAUCCACCCCAGGACGACAGGCGUAGCCCUCCUAGUAGAAAGCCCGCUAAUUCUGCUGGUGGUUUUCUGAAGCAGGCAGGAAGAACAUUCUCCUUCGGUAGCAGGAAGUCCACGCUGCCGACGAUACUAGCAGCCGAAGAGUCGAUCCCUGCCGUCCCUGCCAUGCCCUAUGAAUACAACUCUGGAUUUUCUAGUGGUCGCCCGCGAGCCGAGACAGCAUCGACAUCCAGCACCGCCACGCCUCCCAAAGUCGAAGACGGUGACUUCAUGUUAGAUCUAGGGGGUGAUUUUAGUAGUGUGCUGAAAUUUGACAAGCGUGCGAGUGUUGCUACGAUCAGAGAACGUAACUUGAUGGCGAAUCGAGUCAGUCAGCCUUCUCCGCUUCAUCUCGAUCGUUCCGCAAUGAUUGAACCCCCGCAGCAUUCAUGGAACAGCCAACACUCGCAGGACGGGCUGCUAAGCCCAGCCGCACGAACUUAUUCUUCUCCCCCCAACCACACCGAAUUGCCGCCGCCGCCGCCGCCGCCGCCGGUUCCAAGACACAACACCACCCCCUUGGAACGUCGGCCAUCUGUCGAUGAUGACGAAGAUACCACGUUGUUAAGGGAUUCGAUUGCUGCUACACAGUUCCUGUCCAACGAGACGUCGAGUCACAGCGACAACUCUAACCAGUAUAGGAGGGAUGAGGACAGCACUCCAACUCGUCGGACGAUCCUGACCGAGUCUUAUGCUAAGCACGACGAUGACAAUCUAUUCGACAGGCCAGUCAACCACCACCACAGGGUUUCUCAUAGAAACAAUGUCCGCGCGAACAGCCAGCCACACAACAAAGUCAUGACCCCUGCCGAGUUCGAAAAAUACCGUCAGGACAAAGCUCGAGAGCAGAUUAUGGGUCUAGCCGACGAGAAAGAAUCCGAUAAGGAGGACGAGGAUAAUUACGACGACGAGGAGGACGACCGAGAAAAGACGAAGCAGCUGGCUAAGCAGAGGCGGAAGCAAGAGGCCCACAUGACAGUUUAUCGACAACAAAUGAUGAAAGUGACGGGGGAGUCUGCAAACAAGCACGCUUCCCGCCCCAGUAUCGCAACAUCCAUGAGCACUCCGAAUCUCGUCCUGAACGGCGAGCAUUCUACAGGUGUAUCUCCCUCCCCCCCUUCGGAUGGUGAGGAUGAGGAUGAGGAGGUCCCGUUGGCGAUUCUAGCAGCACACGGAUUCCCUAACAGAAAUCGACCGCCGACCCGUCUCACCACUAUGUCGUCAAAUCCUAACCUGCGAGCUUCCGUUGCACAACCAUCGUAUGCUGCUGGGCCCGGAUCUGUGGUGGGCGAUAGUAACGGCCAAACCGGAGCCGGUGGAGGACGUCUUCCGCCUUUUGCCAGGAAGCUGCCUCAAGACCCGUAUCUCGGUGCUGGCUUGAUCAAUCAACCCCCGAGGGAGUCGUUCGCCCUGGGAGGGGGUGCCGCGGCCCCAAACCGACUGCUGCCUCCCGGUGGUCUCGUCGGUGUGAUCGCUAGCGAGGAGCGAUCGAGGGCUCUGAGGCGCGGUAGUCCGGCCAUCGAUAACGCGAGAAACGCGAUACCUUUCACCAUGCCCACGAACGGAGUACCGAUGAGUGGGGGUUUCGAUCCUAUAACUGGAAUUCCUCCUCAGAUGAUGUACCCAACGGGUAUGCCGCAGAUGCCCAGUCCUAUGAUGACUCUUGGUGAUCAAGCGCAAAUCCAGAUGACGCAGCAGAUGCAACAGUUCAUGCAGAUGCAGAUGCAGUUUAUGCAGAUGAUGGCCACUCAGGGACAAGGUCAACAGAUGCCUACCCAACCCCGACUCCAAGGACACAUCCCUACGCAAUCUAUGGGAUCUCUGGGUGACAUGCCGCGGAACUCAUUUAUAGGCGAUCCGCUAGCGAAUAGUCUGGGACGCGGAAUGAAUUUGGAAAUACCGAGGCCGGAGUCUCAGAUGCGGACGAUGAGUAUGGUUCAGCCGACAUCCACAUCGUGGCUACAGUCCUCGAAUGCUGGUUACGCACCCUCGAUACGGGCCCAGGGUGCCGGUUAUACACCCUCGAUCGCGCCUUCGGAGCGCAGCAACAUCGGGUUACCUGGACGCUACCGACCGGUCUCUAGUGUCACGAUGCUCGACCACGGCAGAACCGCAACUAUGUCUGGUGCUAUGCCGGCGAUUCAUUCGAAGCUCCAGGCCGAGGUGAAGGUGACUCAGGCAUCUAAGGAGGAAGACGACGACGACGAGGAAGGUUGGGAGGCGAUGAAGGCCAAGAGGGAGAAGAAGAAGAGCAUCUGGAGGUCUAAGAAGAGCUUCGGGUCCGAUAUCGGAGCACUCAUCAGCUAA